CUUAUUGCGGCAGUUUUGACUCUUUGCGUUACUUCUGGACGCUGCGUAUUUUCACUUGAGGUUAGAGCAUCUUGUUGUUACUUUGCUAUUUGAAAGCUCCUGGUUUUUGGUGCACAAUUUAUUGAAAAUUCGCGGGUAAAUGUGGCUCAGAUACACGAAAGUAACAUCGUCAUCGAUAAACAGUAUUAUAUAUGUAUAUGUAGGGUUUCAGUGGUUCUUCAUGUUGAAGAAGCCUCAUUACGAUACAGAGUGAGGGGUGUAUAUACAAUCGUUAAUACUCUCCGUAAGAUAUCUCUACUGAAAUAACUGCCAUAGUUAAACUGUCAUAGGUUAAGGCAUAGUGACCUUGAGCAACCCCUAAGACUUCAGAUACAAAAACGUAUGAUCGUUGCACACUAAAAAUAUUUGCAAAAGUGAUAUUAUACCAUAGUUGUAGCUUAUGUAUUGUAAGUCUCUUAGUCAAUACACAGAUAGUUUGUAGGGAAAUCGUACCGUGCACGAUAUACCCAAAUGACUGUCGGUUAUGGUACUUUGAGAUCCAUUGAUAAUUCUGACACUAGUCUCCAAUCUUCUCCCAUCUCUAACCAUACUCCUUACCCUGACUUAACCCUAGACCCAAAACCUUAAUCUUAAAAGCCAUAACCCUACCUAACAUUAUAGAUUUGUAGAAAAAGUACCUAGUAAAUAAGUAGAAUACUGCAUCUAUUCUCUCCAAGUCCAAAAUGGCAGACGUGAUUUCGUUUCGAAUGACAUUUCAUAGCAUUCCCUGCGUCUAGUCGGUUCUUGGAGGUCAACUUUUGAAGGACCUUGACUGUGAUACUUUAACCUUGCCAGAUAACUUAGAUAUACCAAGUACAAAUAAAACAGUGUCGGUGUUUUGUUACACUAUAAAGAAAUAUGUUAUGCGUAGAUAUUUGUUAGUUGUUAUUUGGAAGGUAGUUCACAGUCAUAAUCUGGUCAUAAAAUGAAACUCAUCAACAGAGUUCCUAAUCACGAAGAGUAAACACUCGCUUAAUAUGUAACUGAUAUGAGGGCGGUUAAUAAAAAAUUAGUUGAUUUGAAAAUACGGAGACAUUUUGUGGAUUUUUAGUGGCUAUAGUCUACAUAAAUUGAUUCCUCGGUUUCCACUACGACAGAGCGAAACCGUUUGUUGCAGUGUGCUAAUUAGAAAAGUGUAGACAUAAGGUCUUCCAACUUCAUUUUAAUAGUGCUAAAUAAGUGUUAUAUAAUAAAAAGCGUAGUUGUCUCAUCGAACUACAAGAGUCCUAUCCAUAUUUCUUGAUUUUACUGAUGGUAGGGGGUAUGAGUUCGCCGUCUUACGUAUAUAUAUAUAUAUGUUACUACUGUUUCACUUUGGUGUGAUGUAUGAAAUGUGUAUUCGUCCAAUGGCUAACUUUAUAUUUGCAUACACAAUUUUACAGUAGGUUGUUAAUCCGGAAUAUAUAAUGGGUGAUGAAUACGGUGCUGCAGAUGAUUUCGAAUCAGAUGAGGAACCCCUAGAUGAGGUCCCAGAAGAAGAUUUAGAUACGAAACCCGAUGGCGUUACUUAUAUUACUGCUGAUGAAGUACCGCGACUGCCAUCAGGUCAGGCCAUUGUUGGUCCAGUAGAAAAAAGCAAACGAGUUACUACUCCAUAUCUCACAAAAUAUGAACGUGCUAGAGUUUUGGGAGCACGUGCCCUUCAGUUGUCAAUGUCCGCUCCUGUUAUGGUUGAACUUGAUGGUGAACGGGAUCCCCUAAAAAUUGCAGAAAAAGAGUUAAGAGCUAACAAAAUCCCUAUCGUCAUUCGACGUUAUCUUCCUGAUGGGAGUUUUGAAGACUGGAGUUUAGAUGAACUUAUUUUAACAGAAUAAAAUCUUUGUACUUUAGUUGACUUCUCAAUAUUGGAAACGCAGUCUAACACUAUCUAUACAGAGCUACUGUGUGGU